AUGCUAUUUCUUUCUAUUCUUCUUCUAGCCUUUGGGCUAGUCUGCCCUGCGCAUCCACUUGAAGAGCGACAGUUAAGGACAACCGAGCCCUUCAAGCUGUAUGCGUAUGGCCCAGGCAUUAGCGGACUGCCCGUUUUCUAUAAUAACGGUACUGCUCAAGUUGCAGAUGUGUCAAAACUAGACACAACCACAAUGGCGGCAAUGACCCCAAUCAACUUCACCGCCUCCACUGGGAACACCUUCGUUGCACAUCCCAGUGACGGCAUCAGUUCCGCCGAGGACUUCACCACCCUCUCGACCGAUAGCAACAUGCUGUGUCUAGACCGAGGCAAUACGGCCUCCAACCCAGUCGGAUUCACCGGCACAUCCAGGGACAAAUCCAACAUAACCAGGCUCAGCAAUGUGUGGUCCAUGUACGGUAGCUAUGUCCUAGUCACUGUGACCGGGGCCAACUUUUACGCGAGACCAACUGGCACGGACGGCUUGUACUCUCUGCUUUGGAGUAGUUCGGCCGAGGCGAUGACGGAUACUAUACCGCUAGUGCUGCGGACUGUUGAGCCGGCGACGGUCUCUGUAUUAGGCUAG